AUGAUGAAGACGGGGGUGAUGAUGAUGAUGAAUGGCCCGGCAGCUCGAGCAGGCACCGGGGUCUCGCCACCGUUAUGUUUCCUACUGUGCGCUCUCGUCUUUCUCCCUCCGUGCGCUCACUCGCACCCGCAGCCGUGCCAGGUGCUGAAACGGAUCGGCCACACGGUUCGGGUCGGGGUUCUGCACGUACAGCCGCGCUUGUUCUCCGCCACUGCGGGCAGCCAGUAUGAGGACUGGGAAACCGAGGGGGGCUUGACAGGGAGCGGAGAGCGACAGCUGAAGUUGGAAAAGCAGGUUAAAACAAGUGCCGGUGCGCCUGGAUACGGAAGCCUCAGGACUAGAGGCACUGCUUAUAGCCAGCGGGGAGCCAACAGGAGUAAGAACCAGGCUCGGCAGCGGGAGGAGAACACCUCGAGGGAGAACCGGGUGUUCGCACCCCGAGACUCGAUCCUUCUCGCUGUCGAGGCUCUGAACCGGGCCGGAUUGCUGCCCUAUAAUUUGUCUCUGGAGCUGGUCAUGGCCGUGGGGUCCGGACUCGGCGAGCUGCCCGCGUUCUCCUUCUCCUCCGCGGGUAACCCCGAGAACGAGGACCCGCUGUCCUUUAUGGAGAGCGUGUGUCACACCGUGGUUGUGCAGGGGGUUUCCGCCAUGAUCGCCUUUCCACGGAACCGGGACGAGUUCGUCAAGUUGGAAUUCGUCUCGCUGGCGCUUCAGGUGCCAGUCGUUAGCGUUGUGCAGAGGGUGUUCACGCGCCACAGUGAGAAUCCUCUCCACUUCCAAAUGGCAAUGCGGACCGUGGAGGCUCCACAAUCCCGUCUCCUCUACUUCCUGCUGAUGAUGAAUGGCUGGUGGGACAUCAGUGUUCUCCUGUGUCAGGAAUGGGACAUUAGCAACUUCCUCUUCCUCAUCAAAAACAACACCCGCUUCCACCUGGGCACUCUUGUCAACCUGACAACUACCGCUUCAACCUCAUCACCGUCUUCAUCUUUGCAAUCAUCCUCAGGAUUAGCAUCAGGUGUCGCAACGGGAGCGGAGGCUUCGUCGUCAUCAUCAUCAUCAUCGUCUUUACCCUAUUUUUCCUCCGCUGCCUCAGCCUCUGUUUCUUCAUCCACUUCCUCCUCAAAAUCAGACCAGCAACAAGCUCUCAUGCGGCAGCUGGAGGCCCUUAGAGAACCUUCAACCACAACAGGGGUGGUGACAUUUGGGUGUGAUAUCCGGGAGCUGCGCCGUCUGUGGACGCUAGCCACUCGAAUGAUGCUCCCAGAGUUUCACUGGGUCUUGGGGGACAGCCAGAAUGUGGCCGAGCUCAGAACAGAGGGGUUGCCCCUGGGGCUUCUGGCUCAUGGGGUUAUGGGGUCCCCUUCACUGGAUCACUACGUCCACGACUCACUGGAGCUGGUGGCGCGGGCAGUGGGCAGUGCAGCCCAGGAGAAUCCCGCUUUGGCACUCAUACCUGGGACUACUAACUGUAUGGAUGUACAACAGAGCAACGGCAGCUCGGGGGAAUACUUGGCAAGAUUUCUAUCCAACACAUCAUUUGAGGGCCAGAGCGGCUUUAUAUCCAGAGACAGUCACAGCCAGAAUGUCAUCUCAGAGGCCCAUCACUACAUCUGGUCGCUCCAGCUGGACCCCCUAGGCCAGCCAACCUGGACCCGCCUGGGACGCUGGCGCAGGGGGAGAGUUCUGAUGGACCAGGGGGCCUGGCCAAGCCGUCCGGGUUCUGGAGGCGGAGGUGAUUGGCGCCGACCCACAAGGCUACACAUGCGGGUGGUGACACUAGUGGAGCACCCCUUUGUAUUUACCCGUGAGGUGGACGGGGAUGGGUUGUGUCCCGCGGGCCAGCUGUGCCUCGACCCACUCACCAAUGAGUCUUCGGUUUUGGAAGGACUUUUCCAGAACCUUGCAGGACCCAAUGGAUCUGUUCCCACUGACUUGAAGAAGUGUUGUUAUGGAUACUGCAUUGAUCUCUUGGAGAAACUGGCAGAGGACAUGGGAUUCACUUUUGACCUCUAUAUUGUGGGCGAUGGGAAGUAUGGGGGGUUCAAGAAUGGCCGCUGGACGGGACUGGUGGGUGAUCUGCUCAGUGGCGCUGCCCACCUGGCAGUGACUUCUUUUAGCAUUAAUUCAGCCAGAAGUCAAGUCAUUGACUUCACAUCACCAUUCUUCUCCACCAGCCUGGGAAUUCUGGUUCGUACACGCGACACAGCUGCACCCAUCGGGGCCUUCAUGUGGCCUCUCCACUGGUCCAUGUGGCUCGGCAUUUUUGUCUCCCUCCAUGUCACUGCCGUCUUCCUCACCCUGUAUGAGUGGCACAGCCCGUUCGGUAUGACACCACGUGGGCGCAACCGCGACCGGGUCUUCUCCUUCUCAUCAGCGCUCAACGUAUGCUACGCUAUUCUCUUUGGGAGGACGGUGGCCAUCAAGCCCCCAAAGUGCUGGACAGGUCGUCUGCUGAUGAAUCUCUGGGCCAUCUUCUGCCUGUUCUGUCUGUCCACCUACACUGCAAAUCUGGCUGCCGUCAUGGUCGGGGAGAAGACCUACGAACAACUGUCAGGGAUUCAUGACCCAAAGUUGCACCAUCCCUCUCAGGGAUUCCGAUUUGCCACAGUGAGAGAAAGCAGCGCAGAGGACUACGUCAAGAAGAGUUUCCCUGAGAUGCACGAGUACAUGAGAAGAUACAAUGUCCCGGCCACACCCGAUGGCAUACAACAUCUCAAGGCUGACCCUCAAAAACUGGACGCAUUCAUCAUGGACAAAGCUCUGCUGGACUAUGAGGUCUCCAUAGAUGCAGACUGCAAAACACUAACCGUUGGAAAACCCUUUGCAAUAGAAGGCUACGGCAUUGGCCUCCCUCAGAACUCCCCACUCACAUCCAACAUCUCAGAGCUUGUUAGUCAGUACAAGUCAGAUGGCUUCAUGGACAUGCUGCAUGACAAAUGGUACAAGGUUGUGCCCUGCGGGAAGCGCAGCUUCGCUGUGACUGAGACGUUGCAGAUGGGCAUAAAGCAUUUUUCCGGUCUGUUUGUGAUGCUGUGCGUGGGAGUGGCCUUAUCUCUACUGACCACAAUAGCAGAACACAUUGUGUACAAGCUGGUGAUCCCGAGGGUCAAGGAGCCACGCUUCAAAUACUGGCUGCACACUAGCCAGAGAUUACACCGGGCCCUCAACUCAGUCUUCACUGAUGACAAACUACCGACUGUUACCAAGCCUGAGAAGAGGUGCAAUGAGGGAAACAACCAGUCAGCAUCUUGGAAUCCUGCAGAGUCCUCACACUGCAACAGGCGUAGGGUUCUCCCUCAAGAGAUGCAGAAUGAUCUGGAACGCCCAUCCUCCCAGGAUCUUCCUCCUCCACCGCCCCCUUCUCCCUUGUCUCACCCCCAUUCUCUUCCCCUACUGGAGAAACCACUGCCCAUAGUGACCACCUCUAACGGUCGCUCCGACCUGUUAGGGCGAGGACCGGGCCAAGGGUUGGGGUCAGGGCAGGGGGGCUCUGGACAAGGCUUAACACAGUGCCGUGGUUUGGGAGUGGGGGACUGCGGCCCCGGCUUGGGCGUAGGCCGGAAUCCUCUGGUACAGGAGCUGUCAGAACUGGAGGGUCAAAUCCUCGUAAUCAAGCAGCAGCUGCAGUCAGCCAUGAGGAGGAAGAGAGAGCUAGAACAGUACCAAUCAGAAAACCAGCAUGCAAAUCAGACUUCACCCGGUCAGCCCACUACUCUCCAGUCUAACCAGUUUGCUCAGUAUACCCAGUCCCACCAGCAGACUAAACAACACACAAACACACUCCCGGAGUUCUAA